AUGAUCAGCGUGCGCGUUCUACUGCUCGGCUUCGGCUGCUGCGUGUGGAUGUCCUGGGUCACCUGCGAGGAUCUUCUAGAAAUCCGCUCAGUUGAAGACUUCAAAACUCAAGAGGAGAAAGACUUGAUUGACGCACUGCAAGAGGUUCUUCAAAAACUGAAAAACAAACAAAUACCAACGACAGAAAAGAAACUGGGAUGGGUACAAUCGUGUGACGCCGGGGAGCAGUGUGCCAUUCGCAAGGGUGCGCGCAUCGGAAAGCUGUGCAGUUGCCCGAGAGGAACAUCCUGCAGCUUUAACGUUUUGAAGUGUUUGUAA